UGCCCCUCUUCGAAAGACUUGUUGUUCGAAACUCAGGGUCCCCAGCGCAUUCGGUGCCAUCAAUCACAACCAUGGCGAAGGGAGUUGAAGCUUUGACAAAAGCAGUGCCCGGUACUGUUCAUCUUGUCGAUUUGGACCAUAGUAUGCACGCGCGUCAUGCCGGCAAUGGAGAUAUCGUUCUUGACCCAGCGCCUUCCAUGGACCCAGAUGAUCCGCUGAACUGGACGCCGCGUCGAAAGCUCACUGCAACGAUGUGCUCGAACUUGUACACCUGUAUGACUGGUAUUGCAGUGUCUACAGUAUACUCAGUACUAGUUCCGUUAUCCAAAGCAUCAGGCGUGUCUAUUAAAACGCUGAACCAGGGGACCGGUUAUAUGUUCCUUUUUCUCGGCUGGGGACUACUAUUCUGGCAGCCAUUUGCGCUAAAAUAUGGCAAAAGGUUGACAUAUUUGCUAUCGGUGCUUGGCGCUAUCGGUACCAGUAUCUGGAGCGCAUACGUUAGAAGUGAUGGCGAGUGGAUAGCCAGAUGUAUUGUGAUGGGUUUCUUCAUCGCACCGAUCGAAGCUCUGCCCGAGAUUUCUGUGACUGAUGUUUACUUCACUCACCAGCGAGGUACCUAUAUGGGCAUAUACGCCUUAUCCCUGGCGGGAAGCAACUACUUCGCGCCCAUUAUUUGUGGAUUCAUUGCAGAAGGUCAAGGGUGGCAAUGGGUGUUCUAUUGGCCAGCUAUCUUCAACGCGGUCACCUUUGUGAUUCUCUUCUUCUUCCUGGAGGAAUCGAAUUACAAUCGCAAACCUACUAGCAUAGUUCCUGCACUAGAUGUAGCACCAACAGGCUUGGUAACAGAAGCUGACCAAGAAAAAGCGCAUCCUGCGGCCUCGCAGUCUAGUGCAAGCGUAGAGAUUGGGUGGUCGACGAAGACAUUUAUUCAAAAACUCUCCAUCUGGCAGCCAUCGCCGGGGCAUCACAUGCUUGAGAGCGCAAAGCGAAGCUUGAAGUACCUCAGCUGGCCAGUGAUAUUUUAUGCUGGAUUCAGCUACGGCUCUUAUCUGAUCUGGUUCAACGUCCUCAACGCUACGGCUUCUAUUAUCUUAGGAGGCCCAGGAUACAAUUUCAAACCAUCAAUGGUCGGCCUGAGCUACGUAUCCUGCUGUAUCGGAGUCAUAGUUGGAGCGCUCGUUUCAGGCCGUUUGAGUGACUGGCUGACGAUCAAACUCGCCCGCCGCAACAACGGUAUCAUGGAGGCUGAGCAUCGCUUGUGGCCAUUCAUCCUGUGUUUGAUCAUGGUCCCAGCUUCGCUGAUACUCUGGGGAGUGGGGGCUGCACACCAAGUGCAUUGGUUCGGGCUCAUUUUUGCCAUGGGCUGCCUUGCGUUCGCUUCGUGUGUGGGUGUCACGCUAAGCAUCAACUAUAUGAUCGAUAGCUACCAUGAUAUCAGUGGCGAUGCGAUUGUGGCGGUCAUUCUUGUGCGCAAUACUAUGUCUUUUGCGAUUGGCUAUGGGAUUACCCCUUGGCUGACUGAUUUAGGGUACCAAAACUGCUUCAUCUCUGCGGCUUUCAUUGGCAUGGCUGCGUCCUCGGUAUUUCUCGUCAUGAUAAAAUUUGGAAAAGGGUUGCGCGUUAAAAGUAGUAGCAAGUACUGGAAUAUUGUUAAUGCGGAUCGAGCGAAGACAUAGCCUGUAUGGGGCUUCGCUCACUGUUACACUCUUGUUGUCUUUAUAUAAUUCUCUUAGAACCCAAUACGGUCAUCGGAAGGGCAGUAAUGAAUUUUUUGAAAUAGCCAGCAUCUGGGGUUGGUAGGUAUAGGCAAAAACUUCCCCUAAGUUGGGUUGUGGAGGUGUUCAACCGGGCGUGCGGCCUAGAAGACGGCUGCUGACUUCCGG